AAUGGAACAAUACUUGACGGAUUAGCGCUAUGGAAAAAUACUUUAGAUAAGAAGUUUGAAGGAGUUGAGGAAUGUUACGUAUGCUACACUGUUAUUCACCAGGACACUUGCCAGCUGCCAAAACUCACUUGUAAAACUUGUAAAAAGAAGUUCCAUGGACCUUGUUUGUACAAAUGGUUUACAACCAGCAGCAAAUCAACGUGCCCAAUUUGUCGGAACGUGUUCUGAAAGUUUAAAUGCCUUAAAAAUCGCAAAUCUGUAACACUGAAAAAAAAAACUUAUAUGCUAUAUGACUUCUAUAUCUGCUCAAUAUGGCAUCGGUGGUUAAAUAAUUGUUGUUGUGUUUGUUCAUAGCCGAAAAAAUUUAUUAUUAAUAAAAAUUUUAUAAUAAUA